AUGGCCUGGGGGAUCCCGGGUUUAUUCUCCCCCUUCCACCCACCGGAGAUGGUGGGAGCGGCGGCGGAGGAGCCCUUGAACAGGGCUACGACGGCCGCCAGAAACCACAGGGAAGCCGAGAAGCGGCGGAGGGAGCGCAUCAACUCUCAUCUCGACCGCCUACGCGCCAUCCUUGCCUGUGACUCCAAGGUGCUCACUACUGAAAACCCUCUCUCUCUCUCUCUCUCUCUCUCUCUCUCUCUCUCUCUCUCUCUCUCUAACCAGUUAUUUCCAGUGAUGACUCUCAGAGGAGGGUAGUCCUUUUCUCCCAAGCGGACAUUCAGACAUAAUGCUCUCUUCCCAGCUUUAACUGCGUAGAGUGAGCGUGAGAAUGUGAGAUAAGACGAUUGUCCUUCAAGGUAGAAAUAGCUAACGGAGAGUUAUAGAGAGGAUAUGAAAGAAAGAGGACUCGACGGACUUUCUUGGGUUCACGGUUGAAAUCCGGGUUUAGGGCUUCGAUCAUCAUUUCACAGGUUUCCAUCCUUCUUAGGGUUUUUUCUCGGGUUUUUGCAAUCUUUAUCACCCGAAACUAGCUCACAAUGGCCUCCAUUUCACGGAAAAGUCGUUGACCUUUUUCCUCUGAAUUAGGGUUUCUUCCUUCUGUCCUCCCCUCCUUUUUCCUGUCCUGAAUCUUCUUCCCCAGAUCGACAAAGCCUCUCUUCUGGCCAAGGCAGUGCAGCACGUAAGGGACUUGAAGCAACGUGCCUCGGAGAUCGACAAUGUGGAACACUUCCCCUCCGAAACGGAUGAAAUCUCCGUUCAUCCUGAUGGCCGGAGGCCCACAUUCACGGCCUCCCUCUGCUGCGAAGACCGCGCCGGACUUCUACCGGAGCUUGGAGAAGCGGUGAAGUCCCUGCGGCUGAGGAUUUUGAGGGCGGAAAUCGCCACCCUCGGAGGGAGAGUCCGCAAUGUUCUCGUCGUAGGAGGGGAAGAAGAAGAUGGGUUGGAAGAAAAUGGUGGCGGCGGCGGCGGAAUGGCGGCCGCCUUCUUGAAGGACGCGCUUAGGGCUCUGGUGGACCGGACGGAGGCGGCGGAAUGCCAGAAGCGACGGCGCGUGGCGGACGACGGCGGAGCUGGUCUAUGA